CGCUAUAGUCGGUAGCCCAGUCCCGCUCCGGCCGCGAAGCCCGCCGCACAUCGCUCCCGCGGGCGCCCGACCUGGCGGCGACUCGCCUGCCUUACCGCCGACCUCUGUAAAUACGUGCAUACACCGCCAAACAACACCACGACCCGCCGCGGGCUUCGCGCCUCCGCCGACACCGACCCACCCAGACCACGUGGCCGACCCGUUGCGAUCAACAGUUUUAAAGUCUUCCGUGUAUGGACAUAAGUGAUAUAAAAAUUUAAAAAUGGCGUGGGGAUAUUGGUCAGCAUCGUCUGUGCUGCCGGACCGCGGUCGCAGCCCACGCAGAGCCGGGACAUCAGCAGUACACCAGCAUCCAAAUCCUCCAACCGCAAGAGAAGUAAUGGAGACACAUGAUGAGAGUAUAAUCCAUACGGCAUCCACAUCUAGAGAUAGCAGAGAUCAUUCGGCUUCCCCACAUUCUUCAUCAAACGGGGGUCACUCUCACCACCACGAAGUGCGGCACGCGGUACCAGCGAGCGCUUUAUUCGGGGAAAGCUAUGGAGAGUUAUCAAGAAGACCAUCAUUAGACCUGGGGUCAGUGCGGAGUGCGUUAGCCUCGUGUUCGGGAGGUGGAACGUUAAGUGCGGGAUCUACUUUGACCCGUGGUGGAACGUUGGCGGACUACUUGCCGCCGACGCCGUGUCCGCACCACCAUAGAGUGUACGUGGAUCAUCACAAACAUUACGAGCAGCCGAUCCAGCCGGUGCACGUUGGUGUGCCGCAUCAUUCGCACUCGCACGCGUCGAGUAGACAUCAGACUGAUGAUGAGGACGAUCUUGAACCGGCUUACGCUACAGGUAAGUCCGGAAAUGCUACAUGUAUGUACAUAUUUCAUUUCACGUAAGUAGUAAAAACAUUUACGAUUACGAAGUUAAUUUUAACCUUUAAAUAUGUCAUCACAUUGUAAAGUAAACGUAGCUACGCUUUGUUUGGAAUCUCUUUCGAUGUAUUUCGCCUGCGCUGGCACAUUUGGAUCUACUGUCAUAAAUUUUAAAAUUUAAAUCCGCUCGAACACUUUGACGCGUAAACAUUACGUUCAGGCUAGCGA